CCGCUCGAUUGCCGCCCGUCUUGAUACAAAUUUAGCCACGCGUUGCGCGUAUAAAGGAGAACCGGUCACCGGAGCCCGUUCAGUCGCUCGCGUUAUCGUUUGGGGAGUCCACCUGAGGAGUGCCGGCCGCCAUGGUGUCCGCGCUAAGCUUUGUUACCGCUGCUGUGUGCAUCUGCGUCGUCUUGUGCGAUGACGGACACGGCAUCUACAAGAAGUUCCCGCCAGCUUCUUUCACCAUUGGCUUCGGCCAUGACCACGGUUUGAAGAUUGCGCACGGCGGCCUCAAGGUCGGCGUGGGCUUCGGCAGCGGCGGCGGCGGCCUCGGCCUGGGUCUCCUGCAUCGCGUGGGUGGCGGCGGCGGCUACGGUGGCGGAUACGGCGGCGGAUAUGGUCAUGGCGGUGGUCACGGCCUAACUAUAGGCCUCCUCGGCCACGGCAUUAACCUCGGCCACGGCGGAGGCUACGGUGGUGGCUAUGGCGCUUACGGUGGAGGAUACGGACACGGCUGGUGGUAGACGGACAAACCACUUUCAUCGAUUCACCUGCAUUCCCGCUUCUGGAAGCUGGGGAGGCGACCAUCAUCUGUACAUUACUGCCAUCGUCACACAUCUGACGCGGCGCCCGUCAAACGCCACCACUCUGUCCGGGUCCAUCGGUGGUUCGGGGGCGCCGCCCAGGCGGCGAAUCGCGCGGCCCACGUCCAGCGCGUCAACGGUCUCACCUGUCAGUAGCUGAGCUCUGUUCGGGGCGAGCCGACACGAGACGCCCGCCGUGCAUCAGCCUUGCGCGCCCCACGGCACAACGCAUUGCUCAAACGCGGGGCCACAUUUCACUGCCCUCGUGUGUUCAUAGAAAAAAAAAGAAAAGUUCGGCCAGUAUUUCC